AUGCUAUUACCGGGUUGGGCGGGCAGGGUCGGGGAGGGGUUUGUGGGUGAGCCCUGGGUCCCCCGCUCGCUGAGGAGAUGGAUGAGGAUGGGCUUCCUCUCAUGGGGUCAGGCAUAGACCUGACUAAGGUGCCAGCUAUUCAACAGAAAAGAACGGUGGCAUUUCUAAACCAGUUUGUGGUGCAUACUGUACAGUUCCUCAACCGAUUUUCUACAGUUUGUGAGGAGAAACUGGCAGACCUUUCUCUUCGUAUCCAGCAAAUUGAAACAACUCUCAAUAUUUUAGAUGCAAAGUUGUCAUCUAUCCCAGGGCUAGAUGAUGUCACAUUUGAAGUAUCUCCUGUAAGUGUCACUAGGAUCACAAAUGAAACACAUUCUGAAACCACUUCAGAGCAAUCACAGCUGAACAGUUUACAAGACUCUGGACCACAGGAAAGUGAAGUAACACCAGAAAAUAUCUUAACUGUAGCCAAGGAUCCAAGAUAUGCCAGAUAUCUCAAAAUGGUUCAAGUGGGUGUUCCAGUCAUGGCAAUAAGAAACAAAAUGAUAUCAGAAGGACUAGACCCAGAUCUUCUUGAGAGGCCGGACGCUCCAGUGCCUGAUGGCGAAGGCACCUCUGAGAGGAGACAGUGUGGAAGCCAGCCAUUUCUGGCUCACACCGAGAUAGCAAGCUGGUCUACCCAUGAACAAGACCCACAUUUUCCUUCCCUGUCAUCUGGUGAGAUUCCUAGGCAUUGUGAUGCAGACCAGGGAUUACCACCAUCCUGCUUAUCCUAGCAAUAAGGUAAGUGAUCCCAUUGCAGAAUCCCAUCCUAAUGAUCUGCUUUCAAGGAUCACUCUCAUACCAAAGUCAUAUGUUAUAUUCCUCCUAAAACAGACCUUGAGACAAACAUUUGGGUGCAAGUAGAUGAUUUGUGAACUAAUCCCAGGAAGCAGGAGUAAGAGAGCAGGAAGAAUGAGAGAGGGAAGAAAAUGUAACACGAGGAUAUUAUCAAGAUUGCCAUUGUGAAUGCUUGGGAGUUGAUUCCAGGACCAGCACCUCUUUAGAAAUGAGCAGGUGCCUCUCAGAACCGUCCACCAGAAGGACUAGAGGCUAGAUCACAUGUCCACUAUCCCUGGACCCACUGGUUGAGGACAUUUCUCGUCUACACUUAGGGGAUACAUUUGCAUUUAGUCCUCGGGGGCUCCCAUGGCCUAGAAAAGAACACUUCGUCAGUAAGUGGAGAGAUGGGGCACUCAUAUGAGGUGAGUUAUUGUCACUAAAAGGUGAGUCUGAGAUUGAGGUGAACUGUCGACUACAGCUGUGGCUGAAAUCCAAGAUGGUUCUAGGAAAGAGUUGCAAGGCACCACUAGAAGCAUCAGCUACAGGUUCCAAAACACCAAACUUACCUGAACUUACCUUUAUUUAAAAUGUAUAAUUUUCUUCUUGG